GGGACAACAGACCAAAAACACCAGUUUAACUUGUCGCUUGCUGCUCUGAGUGAUGUGAUGUCGAUGGUUAGUGCACGGAGCAUGCCUCUCAGUCCGACAUCCAGGAAACAUGAGGAGGAGCAGCAGCAGAACCCUUGCAACUGCAGCGAGGGUGAAGAGGAGGAGAGUUUCAGCAGAGAGGACACGAUCUACCAUACCAUUAGAACAAGUACAGCAGCUAAAACCGGCCACCAAAUGGACAAUCCUGCGCCGAGCACUAUAAUCAUUCGCAUUGGGGUACCGGACUUGGAGCAAACGAAAUGCAUGCGGUUCAAUCUUGACGCCCCCGUAUGGGUGUCUAAGCAACGGAUUCUGUGCACUCUCAACCAGACUCUAAAGGAUGUGCUAAACUAUGGGCUAUUUCAACCCGCAAACAACGGGAGGGUGGGGAAGUUUCUGGAUGAGGAACGUCAACUCCGAGAAUACCCAACGUUGCCUGACACCCCGAUACCAUAUCUGGAGUUCCGAUAUAAGAAGCGAGUGUACACACAGAGUCACAUAGAAGAGAAGCAACUGGCCAAACUUCACACAAAGGCGAAUCUUAAGAAGUUUAUGGAGUACAUCCAGUAUCAUCACGUAGAGAAAGUUGGUAAACUGUUAGAGAAAGGAUUGGAUCCGAAUUUCCAUGAUCCUGACAGUGGAGAAUGUCCAUUAACGUUGGCUGCACAAUUGGAGAGCACAUCUGAAAUCAUCAAGUUGCUGAAAAGUGGGGGAGCUCAUUUGGAUUUUAGGACCCGGGAUGGAUUAACAGCUUUACACAAGGCCGUACGAUGUCAGAAUCAUGCAGCACUAAUAACCCUAUUAGAUCUGGGUGCUUCUCCAGAUUACAAGGACAGCCGGGGGUUAACACCUUUGUACCAUAGUUCAAUGGUGGGAGGAGACCCUUAUUGUUGUGAACUGAUUCUGCAUGACCGUGCCAAUGUGGGUUGUAUGGAUGAAAAUGGCUGGCAGGAAAUCCAUCAGGCUUGCCGGUAUGGGCAUGUGCAACAUCUAGAACACCUACUGUUUUAUGGAGCGGACAUGAGCACACAGAAUGCCUCGGGGAACACUGCUCUGCAUAUUUGUGCACUCUACAAUCAGGAAAGUUGUGCAAGGGUCCUUUUAUUUAGAGGAGGAAAGAAAGAAGUUAAGAAUUACAACAGCCAAUCAGCAUUCCAGGUUGCCAUUAUAGCUGGGAACUUUGAAUUGGCCGAGAUUAUUAAGAACCACAAGGAAGCAGAUGUUGUGCCUUUCAGAGAAACCCCAAGCUACACUAAUAGGCGACGAGGUGGAGGAAGUGCCCUCUCAUCCCCACGUACGCUGUUACGAUCCACCAGUGACAACAACAUCAACAAUUUUGCAGGCCGAUCCACCCAUUCGCCUGUGCCAUCUGUCAGAAGCCUGCCACCUCAGUUACUGGCACAGAUGCAGGAGGGUACCGAGGGAGGCCAGCAGAGUACAGCAAGCUCACGAAGUUCACACAGCCGAUCGCCCUCGCUGCAGUGUGUCCAGGAGGAAAGUGAGGCCAACACCCCCAUUCUCAGGAGGCAGACUAAAGCCAGGCUCAGUCCAAGCACCGAACCCAACCCAACUCCAUCGGCAGCCCCCGCUCACAGAGGACCCAAGCGCAAACUGUACAGUGCGGUCCCGGGACGGACCUUCAUCGUGGUGAAGCCUUACCAGCCCCAGGGGGAGGGCGAGAUCCAACUGCACCGAGGGGAACGCGUCAAAGUACUGAGCAUUGGUGAAGGAGGUUUCUGGGAAGGGACAGUAAAAGGUCGUACUGGGUGGUUUGCAGCAGAAUGUGUGGAAGAGGUACAAAUGAGACAGUACAACACACGGCAAGAAACUCGUGAAGACCGGACAAAGCGACUCUUCAGGCAUUACACAGUUGGAUCCUAUGAUAACUUUUCAUCUCACAGUGAUUAUGUCAUCGAAGAGAAGACAGCACUGCUUCAGAAAAAAGAGAACGAGGGAUAUGGCUUUGUCCUCCGAGGAGCUAAAGCUGAGACUCCAAUUGAAGAGUUCACACCCACGCCAGCAUUCCCAGCUUUGCAAUACCUGGAAUCAGUGGACGUGGAGGGAGUGGCAUGGAAAGCUGGGCUCAGGACAGGAGACUUCCUGAUUGAGGUCAACAACAUCAAUGUGGUGAAGGUUGGACACAAGCAAGUGGUCUCCAUGAUCCGACAGGGAGGAAAUAACCUGCUGAUGAAGGUGGUGACAGUCAGUCGAAAGCCAGAACUCGAAGAUGGGAUGAGGAAAAAAGGUCAGGCGCUAGUUAAUGCCCCACCACCCCCGAAGAGGGCACCAAGCACUACGCUGACUCUCCGCUCCAAAUCCAUGACUGCUGAACUCGAGGAGCUAGCCUCUGUACGCAGAAGGAAAACAGAAAAAUUGGACGAGAUCCUCGCAGCAGCUGAUCGUUCAGUUAGGCCAGAGAACGUGGCGGCAGACUCUCGAGCUGCAACAGUCAAGCAACGACCCACAAGCAGGCGCAUCACAUCAGCAGAAAUCAGUUCAUUAUUUGAGCGUCAAGGAAUGCCCUCAAAGUCAACCCCACCAUCUGUACCAGAAAAGCCACACCUCCCAAUGCCUAGAAGAAUGUCACGGACAAAGUCUAUAGGAGCCUCUGAGGAUGAUAAACUUUCAGUUACAGCAAUGGAAGGAAGGUUUUUACGCAGCACAUCGAUGCAAGAUACUCUCCGGGAAGGACUAGGCAUACCCCCACCUCCGCAGAUUGCCCCACCACCCCCACCCUCUCCUUACCUUUUAGACACAGGUCCUCCACCUCCUUUCUCACCACCCCCACCCCCUGGAAGAAGUUACGAUAAUGUGCGUUCCAGCUUUAAACCCAACACAGAAGCGAAAAUUCAUGGAGGCCAGCAGGUAACAACAACAGCAGAGGUCUAUGAACCAAAUCGGUCUCCUGUGCCUCCGGUAGAGAGGCAGAAAAGGGCCAGGUCAAUGAUAAUCCUGCAGGAUUCUUCCUACUAUCCUGUGGAGGCAACUGACAUCCCAUGGCCAAGUCCCUCACCAACUCCUCAAGAUAAAAGCAAACGAAAGGCAAAGGUAGUUGAUAACCCAUAUGCAAAUGUGGGCCAGUUCAACGUGGGACUUUUUGCACCAACAAAACCACUUCGUAAAAAAAGCCCUCUGGUCAAGCAAUUCCAGGUUGAAGAUGCUAUAGAGAGAGCAUCAGCAGUUGGCGCGUCUGGGGCUGGUAAAGAGUUAUUAGCCAGAAGGAUAGCCCAGCAGUCUGGCAAAGAAUAUGAGCAGCUGCAGAGAGAAGGAAUCAGUAAAGCACAGGACGAUGGACAAGAUCUGGCCAGUCCCUUUGCUGUUGCUAUUGCAGGAGCAGUACGGGACCGAGAAAAAAGGUUGGAAGAAAAGAGGAAAUCAACAGUCUUCCUUUCUGUGGGUGCCAUUGAAAGCGAAACAGCACCCAACAUCCCAGCCCUGCAACAGUCCAGGUCAGUCGAUGAGAGACUGCUGAGUAGCAGCGAUAGGUCUCCCCGAUCACCAAUCCCUUCCCCUAUUCCUUCCUCAAGGCCACCAGCAAACACGCCUGUGACUUUUAUACAUCCUCUCACAGGGAAACCGCUGGAUCCUAACUCACCACUGGCACUUGCGCUGGCCGCAAGGCAGCGGGCACUAGUCGCUGAAACACAGCAUCAGCGAGCAACUGGAAGCAAUGAAACUGUAAAAGCCCAAGAAAGAAAAACUCCAGUCUACAUGGAGAGUCACAUCAAGGAGGCAAAGAAAACAGAAGUUGAAACACUCAUAUCACCACCUUUCUCACCAGAGGACAAAGCGAGCUAUAGUCCCACAUCCGUAGUGACUGCAAAGCACCAGUGGGGAACCUCUGCUACACUGAGGAAAGAAGCAGAAUCAAGGCAGGGACAAAUGGAGAAAGCUGAGAGAGAAGAAAAGAAAGUGGAAGAGAAGAAAAGUAUGCUAAUCAACAUUGUAGAUACAUCACAACAGAAAACGGCAGGCCUACUGAUGGUCCAUGCAACAAGUAAUGGCCAAGAGUCAGAACUUCAAGAUACUUCAACAACUGCCUUGAAGCCAUUGUCACCACAGCCUCAACCAUUCCUUUCAGAGCCACAAGCUUCCCAGCCACUUUGUGCUGUUUCUGAGCCUCCAGCUACUGAAGCACCUGGGAAAACACAAACUCAAGGAAGCUCUGAUGAAGAUAUGGAACCAUUUGCUGUUUCCCUCCCUCCAAUUCUCUCCUCAAGUGAUGAGGAAACGAGAGAGGAACUUGCAAAGAUUGGACUUGUACCACCUCCUGAUGAAUUCGCAAAUGGCAUCUUCAUCCAAGCCAAGGCUGAGAAAACUGCCAUCCAUCCCAGUGGACCCCCAACUACAGCACCUUCAGCUCCUGGCGUUUCACCCUCAGGGAAGCCAACAGAUGCCCCACCUUCAGAAGCAAGUGUGGAUUCGGGUGUAGAAGAAAUAGAUACAAGAAGCAGUAGUGACCAUCACCUGGAAACCACAAGCACGAUUUCAACCGUCUCCAGUAUGUCAACAUUGUCAUCUGAGAGCGGGGAGCCCUUGGAUACCUACACAUCAUUUGCUGAUGGACAGACCUUCAUACUCGAGAAGCCUCCAGUGCCUCCAAAGCCAAAGCUAAAGUCCCAACUCAACAAAGGGCCAGUUACAUUCAGGGACCCUCUCUUGAAGCAGACCUCAGACAGUGAGCUUGUUGCCCAACACCAGCCGUCUGCGUUACCCCCCGGCGUCGGACGGUCUCGCUACCUCAUACAGAGAAAAUCCAAGUUGUGGGGGGAUCCAAUUGAGCCCAGGCCUAUUCAGAUGGUGGAGGGCAGCAAACCCACUGUAAUAAGUGAGCUGAGCUCCAGGCUGCAACAAUUGUCUAAGGAUACUCAUUCACUCGGGGAUGAGCCUACAGCGGCCUCUCUAGAAGUAGGAAAGAGAUCUCCUGUUGUCACUGCAAGAUUUCCUGAAUCUGCAGUAUUUCCAGUUUUCAUUCCAUGUAACCUGAUAAACAGCAUGGACAUGAAUCACCUCGAGCCUCAGGAGGGUGAGCAAAUUGUAAGUCAAUCAUCUCAUUUGACUGUUCUCUUGGAUGGAUAUGCAGUGAGACUAUUCAGUAGUUUAGGAGAGCUGAACACGAUAUCCCAGCGGAGCUUCGGGGCGACAUUCACCAUCCGUCCUGGCUCCAGGCACCCAGUUACCCGAAGGGCUCCUAGUCCUGGGAAACCUGGCAUCGAUUCAAGGACAGAAGCCGGCAUUAGCUCACCAAGGCCCUCACCACUUUCCACCCCGACACAGACCCCUCCCACCAUCCUGAAAUCUUCUAGCCUCAACAUUCCUCAUGAGCCAAAGGAGGUGCGGUUUGUGGUGCGGAGUUCCAGUGCUCGUAGCCGCUCCCCAUCUCCAUCUGGUAUCCCCAUGCAUUCUUUACUCCCCCCCAAACCCUUCUGCCAAAAGCCUAUGGUGAUGUGGAACAAGUAUGACGUAGCAGACUGGCUCGAUAGUCUUAACCUAUCAGAACACAGAGAGAGCUUCUUACAUAAUGAGAUUGAAGGCUCUCAUCUACCUGCCUUGACAAAAGAAGACUAUGUGGAACUUGGAGUUACAAGAGUGGGACAUCGAAUGAACAUAGAACGUGCUUUAAAACAUUUUAUUGAUAGCUAGCUUGACCGGUGGGGGAGAUGGGAAAUUGGGAGGGUAGGGUGGGUCUCAACUGGUCUGGGUCUUCAAGGAGAGGAGAUGGGGUUAUUUUAAAAAAAAAGUAAAACAAUACACUGCACUGAAUGGUGGAAAAGGGCAGAGCUAAAUCUGAGUGGCGUUGCUAUGGUUAAUGUUGCAUGAAUAUUAUGGGAUGUUGCUUGGUGUUGUUCCCACUGAAGCUCGACGAAGGUUCAAAUGAGAAUCACAAUUUUUUGUUUUCGUAGAUAAAGAUAAACGAGAGAGAAAAAUCAGCGAAUAUUUCAUUCCGUUGCCUUUGAAUAACAGUUGCUUGGAAAGGGAAUCUCUGGCUUUCUUCUUUUAGACUGCAAUUUUUUUGCAUAAACCAGAAGCAAACAGAAAUUCCCUUCGGACUUUGGAUGAGUUGUGUUAUCUUCAGGAGAAUGUUUAAAAGAGUAAAUCAAACCCAGUGUUUUCUGAAUUGUACAAGUUUAUUUGAAAGUCCCCUAUAUUCUGAGGCAGGAGGAAGGGUUCAAUGUUCAAUCAAAAAUAAGAAAACAAAUCAGAGAAGCUUCCCCUCCAAGUGCUAGUUUGAGAUAUAGGGAAACAUCCUGGAUCUAGUCCAACCACAAAGAAUACUCAUCUUUUUACCAAUUAUAUAUUUGAACAAAAAUAAUAUAAAAAUGUUUUUAUGUUACAAUUUUGCUAGAACUAUAUACAUAUACUAUUAUAAGAAAAUGUUACAUUGAUUCUUCCAAAUAACUUGAUUAUUAAGAUUUAUCGCUUUUGCGAUAUGGUAGAAGCAAGGAAACUUGGACAUUUUAGCGCUUUUAACAUUAUUCAUCCAUAAACCUGUUCAAUAUGAAAUUUUUAUUUUUGUUGUCAUAUAAACAGAUUUAAGCAGAAAUCUAUGGAUUAGACUCACAUGCCUGACAUGUAUCCAUAUGACUGCUUUAUACCCACCACCGGCAAUCAGGUUUUGAAGUUGCCUUUACCUAACCAUACCGUUUGAAAGCAGCGCUACUCAGCUGCGGGUCAGUCCCAAACCAAGCUAAUGUUGGACAUAUUUUUUCAUUUUAUGAACAGUGGUGGGACAAACUAAAGAAUCAAUACGACCCUUUCACUGUGUAUAUACCCUUUAUUGAAAUGUACUGUACCUUUAAGAGUUACUAGAAUUUUAAGAAGUUGCUAUUCCAACAGUGCUAUUCCAAAAGGGCACCAAGAAACCACAGCAUAUACAUGUUCAUAGUUAAACACACAUGCACACAUAAUAUUUUUCAUAUGCUUCAGUAUACACAAAUUUGCUGAGGCAUUGUCUCAUCAUCCUCCCACAUUCACAUUCUCACUCAUGAAUACUGCCGCAGACUAUCACUCAUGAAAUAGGUUCAAUAUUACUGUUGCACAUAUACAUAUUUGUUUUCACAGAUACCCUGGAACUGUUUGUAACACUGCAAUUCAUUACAUCACAGAACAGUGUUAUAAAUGAGACAUUACUGAAGGAAGUUUAUCUAUUCUCCAAGGCAGCAGAUUAGGAAAGAAUUGUGAAAGGAGGAUUGCCAAUCUUAUCGAUCAGUAAAUAUUACAAAGAUAUGUUAACAUCUUCCUUUGUUCAGCCAUGGCAGUGUCGGGGAUUUUGUUGAUUGCGCAAGAUCAAAUAGGCUCGUCUGAGGAUCCAAAGCAAAUGGAAAACAUUGUUCUCCAUUUUCAUCUAUUCUUGGGCAACAAACUGAGAAAGAGAAAGCCAGUUAUUUCCUGAUCCAGAACCAAUGAUUAGUAUUUUUUUUAAUUAAAGGAAUCUUUAUUAAAAAGGAAACUCAAGGAAGAAAAUUAUUAAAAUGUAUGGGCAAGCAAGUAGGAAGAGGUGAAAGCAACAUUGUGACAGUCUUAACUUAUGGAUGAUGUUGUGGUUUCUACUUUGAAGAAAUCUUUCUAAUCCUAUUAGUAAAAUUAAUUUAUUUCCGUGGCUGUAAUCAGGUACCUGAAAUGACUCUAUAAAAUUAGAGAAUAAAAUCAGAUUGAGGAAAUUGAGACAGGAAUUGGGUAGUAAAGCCAGUUUGUGGUAAUUGACUCUAAUAGAUGAAUUCACCCAAACAGAUCAACAAAACUAAUAUUUCUUCUUUUGCAGUCAUUAUCAUUAUUUUAACCCAGUUAAAUUUGGUCAUUACAAAAUUACACUUAAUUCUUUAUUACUUAAAACUAAAUGAGCAGUUUUACUCUAACUUCACCUCAACAAAAAGAACAAAAAAUACCAGAAAUACUCAGCAGGCCAGACAGAUUCAACUGAGAAACAGAGUUAACAUUUCAGGUCAAGAUUAGAAAGGGAUUUCCUAAAUGUGUUUUUUUUAAAUGCACUCUGCAAUACAGAAACUAUUCUGAGGUUGAGACCUGAAUACAUUGUUAGGACAGUGUAAAUAAAGUUUACUCUA